AAUAUGAUUGUUGUUAUCAACAAAUGUCUUGAAGAAGAUGAUCAACAAUUGAUCCAUUCAUUAGGACCAACAAAUGAUUACAUAAUAUCCUUAAUAUAACUACAACAACAACAACACGAAAUGUCCAGCAAAUUGAUUGACAACAACAUCAACAACAUGUGUGACAUUUGCAAUGAUAUGAUUGAUUUGAUGACCAAACAUGACAAUAACAGCAAGACAUUGAUGAUGAUGACGACGACGACGAGCGGCGACAACAACAACGGCAAUACCAAUAACAACACCAAUACGAGCACCACUGCCAUCAACACCAUUGCCGCCGUCGCCGCCAACAAUAACAACAACAACAAUAGUGGUCUUAAUAAUAAUAAUAAUAAAAGACACGGCGUGAUAGGAAAGCCAGAGCUUAAUCUUGUCAUCAAUUAUGUCAACUCUUGGAGCCAAAGACAUUGUAUCUGUUGCUAUAAAGAUCAACGAAAUUACAGUCGCUUCAACCAAUUGGUUCAGUCGAUCAUCGAGACGACCAUCAAUCUCCUAAAAGUGAUAUCACUGACGCUGGACACCGAUGAUGAUAACGACUACAUAAGCAACGAAGAACAUAGUAAACUGAUGGCCGCUCAUAACUUUGAUGAAUGGUCCAGCGAUGACAGGGAACGACUACUUCAUUUAGCCUCAAAGGCAUUUCACGUGACAUUUCCCUUAUAUAUGGCUCAGAAGCAUACUGUCAACUCCCGAGGCGACGAUCCGACCACUAAAGAACUGCAAUCGUUGAGCGCCUACUGUGAACUAUCCGAACUGGAUCUGCCAUUGUAUUUGAUCCGCAAUAUUGUCUACUUUUGCGACGCUGGCGGUGUCGAUCUGUUUGUCGAAUGUUUUGCCAAAGGAAAGCCAAAUCUUGGUCUACCACUAUCGUUGGCCCACGCAAUGAUUGUCGUAAUGGCCAAUCUUAAGCCAUGGAUCAACUCGAAUGUCAUCCAACAGAAGCUAGUCUCGCUCCGUACUUAUGUUAUCGAAUAUCUGUGCAAAGUAUCGGAUAAAGAACUCCGAAUUAUCAACAAUAGGACAAUGUUUGAGUUUAUUUGGUCGGUAGUCAAAGAGCACAUUGAUCUCCGUAAUGGUACCAUAGAUCGGGAGGGAUUGAAUUUGGCCUUAAAAUAUUUUACAUCAUCAACACUGACAAUGCGAUUGACGGGAAUCACUCAAAUCAAUAACUAUAUUAGUAUUUAUUCGGAACUCUGUCAGGCAGACUCUAAUGGUUUGGUCAAUGCCAAUACCGAUUCCCUACUGGACGAGUUGGCCAAUUGGAUUAAAGAUAAUAAGAUUAUCGAACAUAUAUUUGGUCCCAAUUCGCACGUAGAGGUCAUCAAACAGAGUCACGUUAUUCUGAAUUUUAUUGCCACCCAAAUCACUGUCCAACAUAUCGACGUAAUUUGGUCGGCGUCGCAGAUGAAACACUGCGGCCGUCAAGUACUGGACAUACUGUUACCAUUGAUUAAGAAUCUGAAACUGAAGCCAGUUUUGCACAUGUAUUGGUUGUUAAGAAAUAUGGAACCGAAAGAACAUACGGAACAGACGCUGCUUUUGGCUUCGCAACUAUUGAAAUACAUAUGGAGUCAGAGUAAUACGUCCAGCGGUGAUAUGAUCAACGCCUAUGGCCAGCAAUCGUCGUCAUCUAUACAGUCGGUGAAGAUGCUCGAAGAUUUGACACUAGUGCGCAGUCCUAUCUUUACAAUGUUGCCCGGUUCUAAUCAAAAGAAUCGGCGACACUCGACAGGAGCCGAUUCCAGUUCAUCGAGUGGUUCGGUAGAUAAUAGCGAUGACGAUGAAGACGACGACGAUUACGAAGUAGAUUGUUCGCAGGGAGGAGUACCAGUCCGGACAUUGUUUCGCCAGAAGCCGAAACGAUUGUGCAAUUCGAGUACUAGCGGUGCUUCGAAUGACGACAAGAAUAGCGCCAAUAAUAUUGGCAGUGGUGGUGGUGGUAGUACUCGUCGUGGCGGAGGCGGCAAUGGCGGCAAACCCGACAACAAUAGUAACAGCGAUGACAGUUCUGAUGGUACAUCCGAAUCGGAGGACGAAGAAUUGAUUAUACCGCAGAUGAGCGAUGAAAAUGUUUCCACACCUGGCGUACGUCUUCAUCAGGCAUUGGUCGGCAAUUAUAGUAAUUCUUCAUCGAGUGAUUUGGUGCCAAUGGCCGUACGCGAUGUUGUCGCUGCCAUUCAUAAAGAUAAUAGCGAACAGAUGCCUAAAGAGCCCGACCUAUCCAAGAAUACAUCUUUUAUAAACUUGAGGUUUUCCGAUCGGAUCCCAUUCAAGUUAACAAGUGACCAGCAGCAGCAACAGCAGCAGUCAUCUUCGGCGACGUCGGAUUCAACAACCCAACCAAAGUCAUCGAUGGAAGUCAUCAAAGAUGUUUCGGCCCUAACAGCCAAAGCCAGUGGUAGUAUUUCCGAUGAUUUAGUAUUAGUCGAUUCGGAUAUACAGACACCACCGGAUGUUAUGGAAAAAUUAGUUAAACUAACCGAAGGUUUGAACAGCAAAAACAACGACGAAGACAUGAGUGAUAAUAAUUCCCGAGCCAGCAGUCGAUUAAGUGGUUUAAGUGAUAAAAAUAUGGCCGAUUUUGAAGGCGAAGAACUUGAUAGUGAUGUGACCAAACUGGAUGUUACGGACAACGAAUGUUCUGAUAAUUAUUUUGGCGGCGAACGCGACGACCAACGAAACAGCAGCGGCGGCGGCGGUAGUAAAUGUCCAUCAUCUUCGGCAUCACAUAAAUUGGCGUCAAUAGCCCAGCAGAUUGUCCAACAAGAGAGCCAAUUGAUGUACAAUAAGAUCAAUACCAAUAGUAGUGAUAAUAUCGGCGAAACCACCAUCACAGCCGACGACAACAACAUCGACGAUGUCGUCGAAGAUCAGGAACUGAUGGAUUUGUCGUUUGAAAAUGUUUGCAAACCCGGCCGUACAUUGCUCUGGGAUCUGCUUCAGGACGAUCUAAUUCAACAGUUGGCCGACGGUCUAGCGCAUGAAACCGAAAAAAUUUUCUGGAAUACUGUCUGCUGGUCCAGUGAUCGCCGAAUUCGGAUGAAGUUUAUCGAAGGCUGUUUAGACAAUUUGGCCAAAAACUAUUCGGUUAAUACAUCGUUACGAUUGUUACCGAAAUUUUUGCUAUCAUUCCAGCAGUUUCGGGGCGGAAUGGACACCCAUCGUAUCGUACUCUGGGCCGAUAAAGAGCGAAAUAUGUUAAAAUACUUUUUCAAUAAUCUGUGUAUAUAUUGUAAAUUAAGACAAGAGAAACAACAACAACAACUGAUGACAACUACAUCGUCAUCGACGACAACAACAACGACAUCGACAACUAGUUUAGAAUUGUCGUCAGCAAACAAAUCGUCGGAUUUAAAUAAUUUAGACAUAUAUUCACAUUUGGAUGAAAUUCAGACGCGCCUUAAUUUUCUAAGUUUUGUCUUUUCGAGUGCCGGUUCGCCCGAUAGUUUUCGGCUAAGUCAAGAACAAAUCGAUACACUGUGGUCAACAUUGGCCAGCGAUGCCGAAUCGGCUGACGAAUUAUUCAAUUGGCUAUUGAGUCAAGUACGUUCCCGUGAGAAUCACGGUCUCGGCAUUGAUAUGAUGCAUCAUAUCUUAAUCGAAAAGUUGCCGCAACUAUCGCCCGAACACUUCUCAAUGAUGGCACUGGAAUUGUUGCAAACAUUGUCCGCUUGUCUUCUAUCUCAAGCCAAUUGUAAGACCAGCGAAACAAUUGACUCGACAGCCAUCAAACAGUUGUGGGACAUUGCGCUGAGAUGUUGCAACACUGAUGUCUCGAUGACUGCCAUCCGUCAUCUGAACAGCUAUUAUAUUAAUCUUCAGCCGCCGAAUACCAAUCUUAUCAAAGAAGAAGAAUUUAUCAACAAAUGUAUGGAAUAUUUGCAAACAGCGUCUAAACAUCUCGAAGCUGAUGAAGACAAAAGUUUGACAAUAAUACAGCGGACAGUCAUUCUGAUUAAGACUCAUUUGGAGGGCUUCCGCAGUCGUUAUGCCUACAACUUUCGGCGCUGGCAACUGAAUGGAGAUUCGGAUUUGUUGAGCCAUAAGACUCGUGAACGAACCGGUUCUCUAUUGCGUAUCAGUUGUCAGCCGGCAUCGCUGCCCGACCGUACCAUCAUUGAGAUGCAAAGUACCGAUUAUGUCGGUGAACUGCGAGCAGAAAUUCAACAAUGGUGGGAAUCGUUGAUCAACAAAUACGAAGAUGUUAUUGAAAAACGGUCAACAUUUUCCAAUUUUAACGCCACAUCCAUCAGCGAUGGUCCACUACGGCUGCUGACACAGGGCCAGGAGAUUACCUACGAUUUCGAUGAGAAACAGUUGGCUGAAGUCGGUUUCAAAGACAUGCAAAUUGUUUUCGUAUCGGUAGGUAUUGCCCGUAGUUUUCGCAAAUUUCGCGACAAUUCCGAACCGAUUGCCUUGUGGUCUCUGCCUAAGGAGCGCAUACCAUCGCUUCUGUUACUUCAGCCGCAAAAUUUUGAACAACUAUUCUCGUCGAUGCAACAGUUGGGUUCGCAUAAAAGUGCUAACCAUAUCAAAGCACAGGUACUAUCUCGACGGGUCUGGGAGAUUAUACAACUGUUGCCUACAUCACCGAAUCUGUUAGACUGUUUCCAAACAAUUGGAUUGACUCCUGUUGUCAAUCAAUCGGUAGAAAAUAUCAAUCAUCUAAUGACUGCCGACAACGAAAUGCUAACCGAAACGACAAAUACUAAUACACCGUCGACAUCGCAGAAGACACUAUCAGCUGAUCUGUUUAAUAAACUAUUGUCGCCAUCGAGUCCGCAAAAGUUAAUGUAUUCGUGUCAGAUUGUCGACAGUCUUAGGCGAAACUCGAAACAAUGGACACAAAAGUUUAUAGACUGUGACGGUCUUCAGCAUCUAUUCGACAUAUUUGUUAGCGGAGUGUUACAAUCGGGCGAAUCGGGUGCCGAUUCUUGGAACGAAUGGAAACAAGAUUGUUUGGCAUCUCUACUUCAACUACUCUAUCAGUUUGGUGUAAAUCCCAUAACGCCGUCGUCGUCAACAAAAUCUAGUGAUAAAAACAACGACGGAGACAACAAUAGUAGUAGUGGUGUCUCAUCAAUGAUGGAUCAAAUGCCAUCCCAUACAACAUCGCAGUCGUCGAUUAUUACCGAAAUGGUACGCAAAGCCAAACGAUCGCGUAAGGGAUCAACUGAUAAACUACUAGUGCCUCAAUUGAAUUCAAAAUUCUUGCUAAUGAUACGCGAUGUCGAAUCUAUGUUAAAAGUGUUGCUCACUAUCCUGAACGAGGCCACAACCCAGGCAUGCGAUAUGAGCCAUACCUAUCAUACGGGAUUCUGGGGUCGGGCUCAGGUAGUUCACCAUACGAUGACGUUUCUGAUAUCGUGGGCAUUCAGCGAUCCGCAAAUUCGCGACUCGCUCUACCAGGCCGACAAUCUGGAACACCUACUUAAGAAACUGGUACUCGACGACCCGGAUCCGGCCAUUCGACGCGAAGCCUGUACCGGAUUCUAUCGGCUGUGUCUGGGAUUUACCGCCGACGGUACUACUGGCCAUAUAUUUAUACCGCAACUGUUGAAUUCGUUGUUGAGUUUUCUGAAAGUCGCGCAAAGUAUGCGUGCGCCGAAACUAUCGGAUACCGAUGAUUGUCUGAUUGCCGACAAAGAGCCCUACGGUCCGGGUUGUAAAGAUUACUUUUGGCUCGUUUGCCGUCUGGUCGAUUCGUUGGACAAACAAAAAAUAUCGGACACAGCGGCGGCUGUUGUCACCACUGUUGUCACUACUGUCGAUCUGGAAGUGUUGUGUACCUAUAUUGCCGAAGUGAUUGUCAGCCGCGAAAUACGCGAAACCCGACACAAUACCAUCGAAGACGAAGGCCUAAGAGGUCUGAUAUCUUUGUUGACUGUAACACUCAAACACAAUCCGUCGUUCAAAUACUCAAAAGUUGGCCAAAAAUUUGUUACACAAGUUUUUGACUGUUUGUUUUCGCUGCCGACACAAAAAGAUAAAAUCCUACCCAAAUGUAAGGCACCGUCAACUCGAUCGGCAGCUUUCGAUCUGUUAGUCGAAUUGGUUAAGGGAUCUGAAGACAAUUAUGUGGCACUAAUUAGCCAAAUGAUGGAUCAGCAUAGUCCCGAAUUAUCCGGUCGACUAACACCGUAUCCGUGGGACUAUUGGCCGCACGACGAUUGCCGAUCGGAUGCCGGUUAUGUUGGUCUCACUAAUUUAGGCGCCACCUGUUACAUGGCAUCGUGUAUGCAGCACCUGUAUAUGAUACCCGAGUCUCGUUACAUAAUAUUAUCAACAAAUUUGCCAUCAGUUGUCAAACAUGAAUCCGUACUCAAAGAAUUGCAAAAAAUGUUUGUCUUUCUAUUGGAAUCCGAACGCAAAGCCUAUAAUCCGAAGAGUUUCUGUAAAGUCUAUACUAUGGAUCACCAGCCGCUCAAUACGGGCGAACAGAAGGAUAUGACCGAAUUUUUUACUGAUCUCAUUACCAAAUUAGAAGAAAUGACACCCGAUCUGAAAGAUAUGGUCAAACGAUUGUUUAGCGGUUCCCUAUCGAACAAUGUUGUCUCACUGGACUGUCCGCACAUAUCCCAGACUACCGAAGAGUUCUAUACAUUGCGCUGUCAAGUGGCAGACAUGCGAAACCUUAACGAAUCGUUGGAUGAGAUUACAGUUAAGGACACUUUGGAGGGCGACAAUAUGUAUAACUGUUCCCGUUGUGGACGUAAAGUUAGAGCCGAAAAGCGGGCCUGUAUUAAGAAUUUACCGAAAAUUUUAUGUUUCAAUACAAUGCGCUAUACAUUCAAUAUGGUAACGAUGACCAAAGAGAAGGUGAACACACACUUUUCGUUUCCGUUUCAGUUGGAUAUGGCUCCCUAUUUGGAAAAGAAUUUGAUCAAAGCUUCGACAACCAAUAACCCAAAGGAAUCAGUUGGCGGUGACGAAGCCAUGAGUACCGACAGCAACAACGACCAGCAGCAGCAACAACAACAACAGCCGCCCAAUAAUCUGAUAUCGCCCGAUACCAGUACCGAAUACGUACUGAUUGGUGUUACCGUUCAUACGGGUACCGCUGAUGGCGGACAUUAUUAUUCGUUUAUCAGAGAACGCGAAACGGCCAGUGCGUGCGCUCAGGACAAGUGGUAUUUGUUUAACGACGCUGAGGUCAAACCGUUUGAUAAGACACAGAUUGCCACUGAAUGUUUUGGUGGUGAGAUGACCAGCAAAACAUACGAUCAGGUAACCGACAAAUUCAUGGACUUUUCGUUUGAGAAGACCAACUCGGCUUACAUGUUGUUCUACGAAAGAGUGGAUAAAAUCGUAACAAAAGAGUCGUCGUCGUCAUCAGCUAACGAAAGUCUUGUGCCAACCAAUGUCCAAUUGGCACCCGAUCUUAGCGAAUGGAUAUGCGACGAUAAUAUAUCGUUUUUGAGAGAUAAAUCCAUCUUCGAGCACACCUACUUUGACUUUAUGUGGCAAAUAUGCGGUUAUAUACCACAGACAUUAUCAUCGUCGUCCACAAACCAGUCAUUGAAAGUUACGCUACUAUCGGCUCGUUUGGCCACAAGUUUUGUAUUGGAAACACUGAUUCACGCCAAAGAAAAGCCAACAAUUGCCAGUUGGAUUGAAUUGCUGACCAAACAGUUCAAUUCAUCGCAACAGGCCUGCGAAUGGCUAAUGGAUCAUCUGGCCGAAGACGAUUGGUGGCCAAUACAGAUACUGUUGCGAUGUCCCAAUCAAAUGGUUCGCCAACUGUUCCAACGACUCUGUAUACACGUUAUUGUUCAACUGAAACCAACUCAGUCGUCAUUAUAUCUUCAGCCGCUCAGCGAUGACAGUGACGACUCGAACGAUGCCGAAGUGAUGUCACACGUGGGCCGCUUUUCGUGUGUAACCAGAUUUAUACGUAAACUCUUGUCGCUGAUCAGUAUCGAAAAUCUGACCGCCAAACCUCAUCUGAAACAUCUGACCGAAUAUUUUGCACUGUUGUGUGAAUUUGCCAAACAGGGCGACGAAGAGUGCAAGUUCUUGUUGGCCGUCGAAGCCAUAUCGACAAUAGUGUCCUUUUAUAUGGGACUAUGCGGUAAAGCGACAAACGAUUUAGUCGAAGUAAUGUCCGAAGAUGAAGAAGACGAAGAAGAAGAUGUCUAUAACGAUGGCAAUGGUGGCGGCGGUAACGGUCCGCACAAUAGUUCAAUGUUUUCCGGUAGUCAUCCGUACAAUCAGCGUAUGACUCAUACAGUCGGUCCGAUGAUGGACGACAAGUUUCCCAAACCGGCUUCUCUCGAUAAAAUGAUUACUCUGGUAGCUCUGUUGGUCGAGAAAUCCCGAGGCAAAGACAAUCGGCUGAGACUAUCCGACAGAGACUACGAAGCCAUUGCCAGUCCCAAGUCGUUUCCGUUUCUUCAGCAACAGAUCCGUGACAAUAUCAAUCUGAGACAGACCUACAAUCUGAUCUGUUCGUUGUGUCGAUUCAACGAUCAUUUGGCCGGACUUAUCAUUAAUAUGAUAUUUACAUCCAUUACUCGUAUGCCCGACUCGAGCGGUCCAUUUUUUAAGGUGCUAUCAAUGCUGGUUGAAAUGGGUAUCUCACCCGGAUUACAGCCAUUUUCCAAUCUAGUACUGCCCCGUAUCUGGGAAAUUGCCGAACAAGUACCCCUACAAACAUUGGAAUGGCUGACAAUACAGAUGCCCCGAAACAAAGUGGCCAACGCUUAUGUAUUACAAUCGUUCGAGAGUUGGGUACUCUAUUUUCUGGUCGCCCACUCCAAUAUGCGGGUCCGUUCAAAUGCUGCACAACUAUUGAUCUGUUUGGUCCCCAACAAUAGUUUUCGUCAAAACUAUCGCCCGUCCCGGCCGUUUCCCUAUUCCGGUGCCAAAGAUUUCGAUCUGAGUCCCGAAGCCGUACUGGUCAUCGACCAGAUCUAUAACUAUUUGCUACAACUACUGAAACGUGUCAAACUAUACGCCGAUCCGGCCACACAUAGUACACAAAAGUUGACAUCAUAUUUCGUUGUGAUGUCCUAUUGUCUGGUAUCCCAACGCCAGAAACAACAAUUGGUACCAUUUUUCAAUGACUUAUGGAAUCUGUUUCAACCGAAACUAAGCGAACCGGCCAUUGCUAUCCAUCAGAACAAACAGGCGCUACUAAUGUUCUGGUAUAUGGCCUGUCAGGACUGUCCGGAAAACGUUAAAUGUAUUGUCCAGUCGGCACAUGUAACCAAAAAUAUUGCCUUCAAUUAUAUACUCGCCGAUCACGAUGACCAAGAGGUGGUAUUCUUCAACAAGAUGAUGCUUCCCAACUACUACGGCCUGUUGCGGCUUUGUUGUCAACAGUCCCGACAGUUUACCCGACAGUUGGCAAUGCAUCAGAAUAUCCAGUGGGCCUUCAAAAACAUUACACCCUAUAUAACACAGUAUCAGUUAGCGGUAACCGAAUUGUUUAAAUUGAUGAAAAUUUUCUGCGAACAACAUCCCGAUGCCAGUCAGCCGGAGAUCCGCGAUAUCUUACAGUUCAAGCGCAUAACAUUGCAAAUGUAUUUGAGUUCAGUCGAUGCCCGCAGUUCGUGGCAAACAUUGAUAACCGCAAUGUCUAUACUAUGCGAACAAGAGGAAGAUCGGCUGUUUGUGCUGACCAACAACGGUCUGAUCAAUACGUUUCAAGCCUUUCACGCCAUGUAUAUCAUGUUUCACGAGGCAACUGCCUGUCAUAUAACCAACGAAUUGGUGGAAUUGCAAAAGAUUAUCUACCAAUUGUUGCGAACAUUGACCGCCAAUUGUAGUCAAUCGGCUUUACGUGACAUUAAAAACAAUAAUCGCGAUCUCAUGGAUAUUAUGCGCAAAAAUAUCUUAUUAGUUAAUUCCUAUACUCCCAGCUCCGUACGGGUUAUCUGUUUAGAUGUUUUGACUGAAUUGAUUAAAUUAUACGCCAAAGAGUUGUUACCAUUUUUGGUACAACUAUUAGGUCUACAACACAUCAGCUUUGCUGAACAAAGCCAUACCUUUAUUCCCGGUCCAUAUUUCCCGCGUCGCGGCCAACGAGUAAUGCUAACAAAAUCAAGUGUACGGCCAUCCCGUCCACUAUUUCAAAUGUGUUUCAAUGUUAAGAUACUUGAAUGCGGUAAAGGAGUCGACAAAGAUUACGACAGAGCUAUAGCAUUGUAUUUUGAACCCUACUAUCAGUUUAUUGAAUCAAUUUGUCGGACAGCCCUUCAAAAUCAAUUGAUUACCAGUGAUUUAGUUGGUCUUUGUUCAGCGGUAGCUCUCGAAAGCCUUAACUUUAAAUCAGUGAUAUUUCCGAAGCUAUUCGUUGAAUUGGUCGCCGAUGAGGACACAUCCGAUGAUUCAAAAAGUUUUGUCGAUAAUCUAUGUUCGACCUCCUAUUUCAGGGAUUAUCUAUCACUGGUGUUGACACAGGAACGACAGUUCCUUAACAAUGAGCACACAUAUCAGCUAUUAAAGCAUUAUAUACCAAAAAUAUACAAAAGUGUUAUUUCAUCAAAUCUAAUGUCACAAGUAUUAACACUGAUUAAAGCAUUUUGUCAAAUAUUCAACACAUUAGACAUUAAUAAGCAAUGCCUACAAUUAAAUGGGGAUUUAAGAGCUGUUUAUAUAGUAUUUAUGGUCGAAAAACCAGAUAAUUUAGACGAAGACUUGACGAAACAAUUUUGCGAAACAUUAAACCAAUUGAAUGAAAAAUGUGUCGAAAGAAGUAAACGUCAAACUGGCGAAACGCCACAUAAAAGACGCAAAACUAAAGACGCGACCACUGAUCCCAAGAUCAUUACUGCCGAUACCGUUGAGACCACAAGCGAUAGUAGCAGUGAUGGCGAAUCAUCAGCGAUCGGUGCCGACGACUGUCUAUACGAGCGAUUGAUUGCCUCUAUAAACGAUUUGUUACAAACAUUCAACAAGAAGUCAUAGCCUUUUUUUUAUAUAUAUAUA